CAGUUCUUUAUUGCCGACUGUGACGAGGUGACACGCCCCUGACCUCUGACCUCUGACCUCAGAGGACAGACUGAAAAGUUUCUGUCCUCCAGUCUUUUACGAGUGGACGGGUACGGAGCCCCAUAUGGUGAACGAAUGAAUGAUGGAGGGGAGGAAGAGGAGAAGAAAGAGAGAGAGGUGAAGCACAUGUCGGAGAUGGAGGGAAAAAAAGGACAAAGAGCUUCACGGAGCCGCAGGGAAACAGUCGUCACAGCUCUGAACAGGAGGAACGUCCCUGAGAGGAACGUCCCUGAGAGGAACGUCCCUGAGAGGAACGUCCCUGAGAGGACCAAGCAAAAACCACCAGCGGACGCCAUCACCUGCGACGGAUCUUCAGUCUCCACACCGGCUCAGGUUUCCCUCGUUUUUCCUGCUCUGACCCCGGCGAUGCUUCCCUUCACCCCCACCCUCCUCCUCCUCCUCCUCCUCCUGGCUGCUCCGGCCCUCUCGACCCCAUCAGCCUCCCAGGAGCUCCAGGUCAGAGGUCAGAGGACGCAGAGGGACGCCAAGCAAGAGGCCAUCAAGGUGCUGAUCUCCGGGGGCUGUGCCUCUCACGGGGAUUCAUCUGACGUCGGAGGUAAAGAAUUCGACCUGGCCCCUGGUUCUCCGCUGGUCCUGACCCAUCAGAUCAAACUGGUUCCGUCAGGUUCUGGAUCAGGAUCCGGGUCGUGUGGCUGCGAGUCGGACUUUGCUCCUCUGUGGGAGCGUUUGGAGAAUCUGGAGAGGGAGGUGUCGACCCUCCGAGAGAAAUGUGGAGGAGCAGAUGGAGGCUGCUGCACCUCCAAAGAGAGUAAAGGUGCCGGUUGUUCCAUCAAACCCAAAGAGGACGAGUGUCCUAACGAGUGCAGUGACCAGGGACGCUGUGUGGACGGCAGGUGUGAGUGUUUCCCUGGAUUCAGCGGAGCGGACUGCAGCGACUCCAACUGUCCUGGAAACUGCCACGACAACGGGAGGUGUGUGAACGGACAGUGUUCGUGCGACCCGGGAUCCAGCGGCCCGGACUGCUCACAGAAAGCCUGUCCUGGCGACUGCAGAGGUCACGGGCGCUGCGUCAACGGUGAAUGUGUCUGUGACAGUGGAUUCACUGGUGCAGACUGCUCCGAGACUUCCUGCCCUGGACUCUGCACCAACAGGGGGCGCUGCGUCAACGGACAGUGCGUUUGCGAUGAUGGGUUCAGCGGUGCAGACUGCUCUGAGCGAACGUGUCCUAACAACUGUACCGACCGUGGACAGUGCGUCAACGGUCAGUGUGUUUGCAACAGCGACUUCACUGGAGACGACUGCUCCGAAAACACCUGCCCUGGACACUGCACCAACAGGGGGCGCUGCGUCAACGGCCAGUGUGUUUGCAAACAAGGAUUCACAGGUGCAGACUGCUCCGAG